AUGUUCGUGUGGUCUGCAGUAGGCAACUGGCUGGCUAGGCUCGAGUCCAUGAGCACAAACCGGGUUCGGAAAAUCUGCUUUUGUUCCGGAUGUGCCGUGGGUGGUGUUUUGUAUUUUACUGCAUCCUUCUUUGAUGUGGACCAUAAAUGGGCAGCAGUUAUGGUGAUUAGUUUCGGGACUAUGCUUUCAACAAUUGGUAUAACAACCGCAGGAUUAAUUCCGCUGGAUCUGGCACCAAGGUAUGCUGGGUUCAUUAGUGCUUUGAUUAGCACAGAGACCAGCUUAACGUCCAUCACACCGCCUAUUGUUGUUGCUGCUCUCACCACACAGGGAUUGUACGAAGAGUGGAGAGUGGUGUGGAUUAUCACCGCCCUAGCCCACGUCAUGGCGUCUGUCAUCUUCUUGGUGUUUGGGAGCGCUUCCAUACAACCAUGGGCUGUGGCUAGUAAGGAAAAACACACAUCAGCAAGGACAAUGAAGAGGCUGCUUUGA